GAGGAGGAAGGUUCUUCAUCAUCAUCAUCAUCAUCAUGAUCGCGCUCGCUUAGCUUGACAAGAGCGCGACCUCCGAGCCGAGUACGACGCGCACGAGCGCUCCUCGCCGAGCUAGUCACCGGACAUUCUUCGCAGAGGUUUGGAGCAGACCGAGUCGGAGCUUUUCGGGACCCGUUUUAAAGCCCUUUCUUUUUCCCCUGGGAAUGUUUUUCCAAGUUGUUUGGGCACACCGGGAUGUAAACACUUCCCCGGGUUUUCCAUCGCUGUGACAUUUUUUUAGGGGAAGUAGCGAAGCCGCAGGACGACGCCGCGAGGGUUCCCUUGCCGGUCGGUCGGCAGCGUCGAUGGAGCGCCGCCGGGCGUGGCCGUUCCUGGUGACGGCGGCGGCGACCGCCUUCCUCUGCGCCUCCUGCGCAAAGAACCCCGAGUUCCCGUCCGACACGCUCAUCAACAACGUGGUGCGAGACCCGCGCACGGGGCGUCUGUACGUGGGGGCCGUCAACGCCCUGUACCAGCUGUCGGCCGACCUGGUGGCGGAAGCCCGCGUGGAGACGGGCCCCCGGCGCGACAACCGGCAGUGCACGCCGCCCAUCACGGACGCGUGCGAGGACGCCGCCGUGACGGACAACCACAACAAGCUCCUGCUGGUGCACGGCGCCGGCGACGGGCUGGUGGCGUGCGGCAGCAUCUUCAGGGGCAUCUGCUCGCUGCGGAACCUGAGCGACGUGGAGCACGUCAUCUACUACAGCGACAACAAGGGCGAAAAGUCCUACGUGGUCAGCACGGAGGAGAGCGUCUCGGUGGUGGGCGUCAUGUCCUACUUCACCAAGGAGAGAGACAACUUCACCGUCUUCCUGGUGGCCAAAGGCUACGGCAGCCACGACAGCACCAAGCUGAUCUCCACCCGCAUCCUGCGCGACUACGGCGAGUGGAACAUGUUCGAGAACAUCAUCGACGCCUCGGCCGUGCAGGCCAACCCCUUCGUGCUGCGCUACCUGCACGACUUUCGCUUCGCCUUCAAGGACGGCGCUUUUGUCUACUUCCUCUUCUCGCGCACCCUCGGCGUGCAGGACACCAAGAACUUCACCUUCGUCUCGCGCUUGUGCGAGGACGACCAGAGCUACUACUCGUACACGGAGCUGCAGCUCAACUGCAGCGCCUCCAACCGAUUCAAUAAAGUUCAGGCCGCCUACGUCGCUACACCGGGCGAGGUCCUGGCUCAGAAUCUGACCCGCUCGGGCAAGUACGGGCCCGUCCUGGCUUCCGACAAGGUUCUCUUCGCCACGUUCACCUCCGACGAAGAUCCCGGCACCUCGGCCAUGUGCAUGUACCCUCUGCGCGCCAUCAACACCAGGCUGCGGGAGAUCAUCGGCGCCUGCUACAGCGACGGCGGCCUCAUCGGCGACCAGCCGGCCGUCUACUCGCCGUACUCCACCAAGUCGGGCGGCUUGUGCGGCACCACCAACCAGCGCGACAUGGUGUUCAAGUACAAGUGCGGCGAGGAGUUCCUGCCGUCGCCGCUGGCCAGCAAAGCCAACGCGGCUCUGGCGGCCGAGCCCUCCCUGGUCCGCAAGGGCGUCAUGACCGCCGUGGCCGUGGCGGUGGAGAUGGGCCACGCCGUGGCCUUCCUGGGCACCGCCAACGGAGAGGUGUUGAAGUUGCACCUGGCGCCCCACCCGGAGGUUUACGGCCGGGCGUCGGGGGAAGUGACGGGCGACAGGGUCAACAAGGACCUGCUGCUGGAUUCGCAACUGCGCCACUUGUACAUCACCAGCGAGAAAAAGAUCACCAAGGUUCCCGUGCAGUCGUGCCACCUCAAGACGGACUGCCAGUCCUGCAUGUCCCUCAGGGAUCCGUACUGCGGCUGGUGCGUUCUCGAAGGAAGGUGCACCAGGAAGCAGGAAUGCGGCAGGUGGACGGAGGAGAACACGUGGCUGUGGUCGCCCAAUCAGCAGUGCGUGCAGAUCCGGGCCUUUGACCCGCCCAACCUCAGCUGCCGCAAGACGCAGCAGGUGGACAUCAGCGUUCCGGCGCUGCCCAGGCUCAGGCAGUCGGACCAGCUGCACUGCCUCUUCGACGGGUCGCCGAGCCGCGCCGUGGCGCUGGGCAGCCCGGCCGUCGUCACCUGCUCCUUGCCGGACCCCGCCGAGAUCCCGGCCACGCCCAUGCAACAGGACUACGUGUCGGUCCCGGUGAAAAUUGUGGUGAACAACAAGGUCGUGGUGACGUCGGGGGACUUUCAUUUCUACAAUUGCGCCGCCACAGUCCGGAAGAAUCCCAAAACGCCGUGCAUUUCGUGCGUGACCAGCGAGUGGGGCUGUCAGUGGAACGCCCGAGAGCACCGAUGCAGCGACAUGGACGACGCGCUGGACGGAAGUCACAUCGUCAAACCUCAACAGCCGGAGCGUUGUCCUCAGUUCGAGUCCCCGGAGCCGCUGCUCAUCCCCGUGGGCGUGGAGGUCCCCAUCAGCUUCCAGGGAAGAAAUCUCGACAUCUACUCGGGUCGCAGGUUUGUGAUGGGCACGGAGCUGAUGAAGCAGACCGAGGAGGAGGUGACGCAGGAGCGCGGCUCCAACUUCAAAUUCCGAGGAUACGAGUUUUCCUAUGACGAGCGGCAGGAGGUGAACGUUUCCUUCCACGUCAUCGAACGGGACACCGAGCGCAAGAUUGACAGCAGGCUCACGGUGGUGGUGUACAACUGCUCGGUGGCCAGAGACGACUGCAGCCUGUGCAAGCACGCCCACCCCAAGUACGAGUGCGUGUGGUGCGACGCCUCGCGGACGUGCGUCUACCGCCGGCUGUGCCCGGCGCCGCCGCCCACCUCGUGCCCCCCGCCCCAAAUUACAGACAUCGUCCCUCGCUUCGGGCCGCUGAGCGGACGCAUCGCGGUGACCAUCAAGGGCUCCAACAUGGGCAUCGAGAAGGACGACGUCAAGCGCAUCAGCGUGGCCGGCGUCGAGUGUCGACACCUGCGGGACAAAUACUCCGUCUCCACCAGCGUGGUGUGCGAGAUCGGGCCGGCCAAGCCGCCGCCGCCGUCCGACCUCCCGGUGGAGCCCAGCAACAGCGGCGUGGUGGAAGUGGAAGUGGACGGAGGGCGCACGGGGAGGUCGCAGGUGGUCUUCACCUAUCGGGACCCCCAACCGGAGACGGUGCAUCCCGGGAAAGGUCCGGCGGCCGGCGGGACCGUCAUCACCAUCGGCGGCCGACACCUGGACACGGCCACCAUAGACGACGUCGCCGUCUCGGUGGGCGGAGUUCCGUGUCAAGUCCUUUCCUUCGGCGAGCUCAUCACGUGCAAGACGGGAAAGUAUGGCGGAGCCAAGGUCCCUUCCGACCUGCUGGCGGUGAAGGUGAACUACGGGCGCAACACCAGCAAGGAGGUGGCGGGGGCCUUCCAGUACGCCGACAACCCCAAGGUCGCCGACUACUCGCCCAAGUCCAGCUUUGUGUGCGGCGGGCGGCGGAUCGUCGUGACGGGAAGCGGCUUCGAUUUAAUCCAGAGGGCCACUUUGAAGGCGCUGCCCACCGCCGAUGACUUCUCGCCGGACAACGCCACCCUUGAGUUUGCGCAAGAGUCACUGAGCAAGAACGACAGCGUGUUGGAGUUCCUGUCGCCGGCGGUGAUCUGGAGCGACAGCCGCUCGCUGCGCGCCGUCCUGCAGCUGGACAACGUGGAGGAGGAGCUGAAGGCCUUCACGUACCACCCGGACCCCACCUUCAACGAGCUCUCCAAGACCGUCAUCACCGAGACCAGCGUCAUCAUCGUCACCGGUCGAGGCUUCGCCAAGGCCAUGACGGCGGCGGAGGCGCAAGCGUUCGUCGGGGACGCGUCCUGCAACGUCAGCAUCCUUCAGGAUGACAAGCUGAUUCUGGAUGCGCCGUCCUCUCGGCCGCGAGCCGGCUCCAAACGCCAACGCAGGGACGCGGCCAACGACCCUCUGGAGCUUGUGGUCAAGUUCGGUCACGGCGAGUGGACGGUGGGCUCGGUUCACUACGCGUGGAAGGACGACAUCCCUCUGGCCGUCAUCGUGCCCGCCGUGGUGGUGCCCAUGCUGCUCUUCAUCGCCGUGUCGGUGUACUGCUACAGGAGGAAGAGUCGGCAGGUGGAGCGCGAGUGCGAGAAGGUCAAGCAUCAGCUGGAGAAUCUGGAAGAGAGCGUGAGGGAUCGAUGCAAGAAGGAGUUCACGGACCUGAUGAUGGAGAUGGAGGACCACACAAGCGAGCUCAGCGAGGCGCGCAUCCCCUUCCUGGACUACAAGACGUACACGGAGCGCAACCUCUUCCUGCCCCCCAAGGACGGCGCCGGCGACGCCGCCACGGUGCCGGCGGGACGCCCGCACGUGCCGGAGUCCCGCAGGGCCAUCGUGGCGCAGGCCCUCAACCAGUUCUCCAACCUGCUGAACAGCAAGCCCUUCCUCAUCAACUUCAUCCACACGCUGGAGAGGCGGCCCGACUUCAACGCGCGAGCCCGCGGCGAUUUCGCCUCCCUCCUGACGGUGGCGCUGCACGGCAAGCUGGUCUACUACACCGACAUCACCAGGACGCUCCUCCUGGAGCUCAUGGACGAGCACGUGCACAGCAAGAACCCCAAGCUCAUGCUCAGGAGGGCUGAGACGGUGGUGGAAAGGAUGCUCUGUAACUGGAUGUCCAUCUGCCUCUACCAGUUUCUCAGGGACAGCGCCGGCGAGCCGCUCUACAAGCUGUUCAAGGCGCUGAAGCAUCAGGUGGAGAAAGGUCCCGUGGACGCCAAGGUCAAGAAGGCCAAAUACACGCUCAACGACACGGGCCUGCUGGGGGACGACGUGGAGUAUUCCGUGCUGACCCUGCAGGUGUUGGUGCACGGCGAAGGCCCGGACGUGACGCCCGUCAAGGUGCUCAAUUGCGACACCAUUUCUCAGGUGAAGGAGAAGAUCAUCGAUCAAGUCUACAGGAAUCUUCCCUUCUCGCAGCGGCCUAAAGUGGAGACUGUGGCGCUCGAGUGGCGUCCCGGCUCCACGGGUCAGAUUCUGUCCGACCUGGACCUGACUUCGCAGAAGGAAGGACGCUGGAAGAGACUCAACACGUUGGCGCAUUACAACGUGCGGGACAACGCCACGCUGGUUCUCUCCAAAGUCUUGCACGCUCGCUCCUUCCACCAGCACCCGGACAACCACGAAGAGCGCGACGCCCUGCUGGAGGAGGACAACACCUUCCACCUGGUGCGGGCGGCCGACGAGCUGGACGAGGGGAAGUCCAAGCGAGGCAGCGUGAAGGACAAGACCAAAGCCAUCACCGAGAUUUACCUGACGCGCCUGCUCUCCGUGAAGGGCACGCUGCAGCAGUUCGUGGAUGACUUCUUCCGCAGCGUCCUGAGCUCCGGCGCCAGCGUCCCGCCCGCCGUCAAGUACUUCUUCGACUUCCUGGACGAGCAGGCGCUGCGGCACGACAACGUGGACGAGGAGACGCUGCACAUCUGGAAGACCAACAGCUUGCCGCUGCGCUUUUGGGUGAACAUCUUGCGCAACCCUCACUUCAUCUUCGACGUGCACGUGAACGAGGUGGUGGACGCCUCGCUGCACGUCAUCGCCCAGACCUUCAUGGACGCCUGCACCAAGACGGAGCACAAGCUGAGCCGGGAGUCGCCCAGCAACAAGUUGCUCUACGCCAAGGAGAUCUCCACCUACAAGAAGAUGGUGGACGAUUACUACAAAGGAAUCAGACAGAUGGUUUCUGUCAGCGACCAGGACAUGAACACGUACCUUGCCGAGGUGUCCAGGCAACACACGGACGAGCUGAACACGCAGCUGGCCUUGCAUCAGCUGUACCAGUACGCCAGCAAAUACUACGACGCGAUCAUUCAGUCCCUGGACGAAGACCCGGCCGCCCAGAACCGACAGCUGACGCUGAGGCUGCAGCAGAUCGCCGCCGCCCUGGAGAACAAAGUGACGGAUCUCUGAGGCGCACGACGACACGGUUGCAAAACUGACUUGAAUCGGACCAAACCGGAAGAAGGAAAAGUGACCAGGAGCCCCGCCCCCUCUUCUUUUUUUACACCACUGGACCAAUGAGAGGUCCGCGCCAUUUUGUUGUUCGAUUAUGUGCCACUUCCUGUGUGCGAGGCGCCUUCACAAUAAGUCACCGGAAGGAGUCAAAAGAUCCUGUCAGCUUGAAAACAAACAAAAACGUUCGCUUUAUGCAGGAUCCGUUGACGAAAGAAUCGUGCCCCCCACCCCCAACGUGCACUAUUUGCUCAUUUUAUAAGCCGCUCUGUGGUACUUUUGUGCUCUUUUUUAACUUCGAAAUGUGAAGCUUGGGUUCUGAUAUUCAGACGCGUUGAGUGGCUUAUAUUUGACGGCUUGUCACAACAGACUUAAACGGAGCCUCGGACGAAAGCCGCGCGGGGGAAAAAAACGUUUUGGUUUGGAUCCGCACCCCCCACCCCCUCACAUCAUAUUCUGCAGCUCCGUGGGCUUCACUUAUUUGACCCGAAUGUUUGUUUCAGACACCGCGGAGUGCCUUGAAAAGAGCAGCUAGAGACUCGGUCUGGAAUGUGUUUGUGACUUGUUUUGCGGCAGUCGAUUUUAUUUUGCGGUUGUGGAAGCGACUUGAAUGUGGAGAAAGAAGAAGAAAGCGGUACGGACGCGUCACCACCGUUCAUGAGAUGUGACUUUGCGGGCUGUGGGCGUCAUGUUAGUUUUUCAUGCACACCCUACACCUUUUUUUUCGUGACCCCAAAACAGUAUUUUCUGGCCGCGAUCUAGUAUUUAGCACAAAUGUGUAUGUUGUGUGCCAGAAUUCCCGUUCCAUUCCUCUUAUCACGACGCGUUUUGGGAAUAAAAGCGUUUGGACGGACCAAAUGGGCACAAGACGAGACUUUUAAGAAGCCCAAAGCAGCGGAGCAGUAAAGGACUUGUGGGGAGCAAAUCCUGGAAACCGCCAAUGAAAUAAAAAUGUUUCUCACCCGA